UCCUGAUUGCAAUCUCCUCUGCGGCUUGUCAUCGGACGUUAAGCACCAGGAAGGUACCGAAGCAAGCAAUUUGCCAUGGGUAAGGUUCACGGAUCUCUGGCUCGUGCUGGGAAGGUGAGAGGUCAAACUCCGAAAGUAGCGAAGCAGGACAAGAAGAAGAAACCCCGUGGGCGUGCACACAAGCGGAUGCAAUACAAUCGCAGAUUCGUCACUGCUGUGGUUGGCUUUGGAAAGAAGAGAGGACCCAACUCCUCUGAGAAGUAAGCAAACGGCGAAAUCAUGAGGAGAUUUUCCGCUCGAGAGGCAUGGUUUUGUGAUUUAUUAAGCUUUUUCCUCCUAUUUCUCAUAGAUGUUUUAGUUUAUUGAAGAUUUUGACCGUGUUAAAGAUACUUAUUUCGACAAUAUAUUAAGAGUAAAUGUGACCUGGACCUGAAUUUUUGCUAGUCAA